UAACUUUACAAUACAAACUUGAAAGUUUAAUUCAAAUCUCUAGCGGUAUUACUUUGUGAGAUAUUUUGUGUUAACAAAAAUUUUCUCUUUUUUUAAGUUGCUAUGGUAAAAAACAGCCCACUCAAUUUGUUUGAAAGUCCUUUCUGUAUCCUUCUGAAGGCGAAAUCUUUACUGGUUCUUGAGCUAUGGACUAUGAAAAAACGUCGCAAACGAACGUACACACAAGCAAAAACAUUUCUCUAAAAAUCAUUUACUUCGACUCUAGGGACUUUGAAAAGUCGAGAAAUGUCAAAAUUUUCAACUCAACCAAUCGGACCGAUUAAAAUAUCUUUCUAUGGGAAGUGAAAAAGAUUACAGCGUAUUAUUUAAAACUAAACAUCUUUUUGUAAAACCCUGUAUUAUGAGGAUAUUUUAAAUGCACAAAUUUAAUAAAAUAUUGUUUCUGCUGCACCAUAUUCUAUUGAAAAUUAAUUUAAGUUUAUUAUUUUCAAUUUCAAGACGACUUACAAGUUGGUUAUUACCAUUUGAACCAUUUCAAGUAACACUUUGGCUUGGAUUAUCGGCAUGUUUGUUUUUAGAAUUUCUCGCCUUAAUGUUCACACGUAAAUUAGGAAAAGAAGACAUCGAAGAACAUUCAUGGAAAUCUAGUAUGGAGUUUAGCUUCAUAUCAACUCUUAAGCUUCUGAUAUCUCAAGGAACUAGCUACAUAAUUAAAUCGACUUCACUAAGAAUCAUAAUGUUUUCAUGUUAUAUCAUUGAUAUUAUCAUAACAAGUGUUUAUAGCGGAGGACUAGCGAGUAUUUUAACAAUUCCAGCAUUUGGUGAACCACCUGACACUAAGGAGCGAUUAGUCAAACAGAACUUCAUUUGGGGGGCAACAUCAUACGUGUGGAUCGCAUCAUUAGCCAACACAAAAGAUGAAGUAAUGCUCAAAAUCAAGGACCUUUUUCGCAUUUACACUGUUAAGGAGUUAGUCGAAAAAAGUUUAGCAGGUGAAAUUGGUGUUGCACUUGAACGUUUAACUUGGGGACACUUUGCCUUCUAUAAGUUUAUUGACCAAGAAAUUGUUGAUAAGAUGAAAUUGAUGACUGAAGAUUUAUACUAUGCAUAUGUUGUUGCAUUCACACCUCGACCAUGGGCACUUUUGGAGAAGUUUAAUCUUUGCAUACUUUUAAUUCAGUCAAGUGGAAUUUCAAAACAUUGGGAAUGGAAGGUUGUUAAUGAUCAUCUCGAUGAAAAACUACAAAGACAAAUUGAGGAUUCAGCUUGGGCUAAUUUUGGCGACGGCAGAGCAGUACAAUUGGGACUUACAAAUUUCGCUGGAAUUAUCGUCCUUUGGAUAGCUGGAACAAUUUUCAGUGUAUUAGUUUUCGCUGUAGAAAUAAUUUCCAACAGAAAACUAAAACCCAAUGAAAAUUUAACUAUUUAACUAUUUAAUAUUUGCAUUCAAAGAGCACAAAAUUUCAUCCCCAAAAAAAACACCCUUCCUUUAUUGCAAAAUUUUAUAUACGCUUUUAUACUAAUUACUCAACUCAUUAAAGUAACGUCAGUUUAUUUCCUUUCAUAUUUUGCUCAACAGAGCAUGAUUUUGCAUUAACUUUCAAAACGCUCUCAUAUAAGGACACAUCAUAUAAGCCCAACCCCGAAACUAGUACAAAAUUAUUAUGCAAAGGAAUACUCGUAUCUGUUUUGAAAAUAAAGAAGAAAAAAAGUUCAAAUGACA